UUAAUAUUAUUAAAAUUACUAAUUACACAACAAAAAGAUCACAGACCCUUAUUUUAUAUUCGGUACUGUGCUGUGCUACAGAGGUCAGGAAAAACUCGACGGGCAACACAGAUCUCCUCCAUCUUUGUCGCGAUGUCCCAUGUUGAUAACAGAAACUCUUCUGCAGCUAAGCGAGCUCGAACUGAUGGGGGACGAAGGGAAGAUGACUGGACUUGUCCUACCUGUGGCAAUGUUAAUUUCUCAUUUAGAACUACUUGCAAUAUGCGCAACUGUACCCAGCCUAGACCAGCUGAUCAUAACUCAAAGUUUGCUCCAAGGCCAAUGCAAACUUUGCAGGGUUAUUCAUCCUCAGCUCCCUAUGGAAGUGCAGGGGCGCCUUCUUCAAUGUAUAUCCGCGUUCCACCUUAUGGUUCUUCUCUAUUCAAUCAGACAGGUAUGCCUCCAUAUGAUGCUCCCUUUCCGGGGAGCUCUAAUUAUCACUACAACUACGAGAACCGCAUGUCUGGAGGCAGCCCAUUUCGUCAGCUUCAUUUAUCUGGUCCAACACCCUAUUCCAGUGGAGCUAUGGUGGGAAAUGGUGGAAUGUACAGUGUGCCUCCCAUGAUGAACCGAUAUGGCAUGGGUUUGCCUGCAGGUCACACUGCUAUGGGGCCAAGACCUGGAUUUUUUUCAGAAGAUAGACUUCCAGAUAAAAAUCAAGAGGGCACACGUGGCAAUGAUUGGACAUGUCCUAAGUGUGGAAAUGUCAACUUCUCAUUCAGAACAGUUUGUAACAUGAGGAAAUGCAACACCGAAAAGCCCGGAUCUCAGGCUGUCAAAUCAGGGAAGAAUUCUAAACCUGAGAUGCCCGAGGGGAGCUGGAAGUGUGAGAAAUGCAACAAUAUCAAUUAUCCUUUUAGGACAAAGUGCAAUAGACAGAAUUGUGGGGCUGAUAAGCCGUCAGACUCCAAGAAGUCCCCUUCAGAACCUGUAGAUGAUAAUGAUCAGUGAGUACUAGGCAUGUUUGAGGGUUGAGAAGGUCCAGAGUUGUCGUUCAGCAUUGCUCAGUAUGGGUUCUGAACGUCAGUUGUGUCAUCUUCCUGUUGCAGCCGUUGUCAGUUACCAUGCCUUCUGAUUUGUGUCAAGUUAUUGUAUUAGCUGAGUUUAUGUGGUGUUUAUGGAUCCUUCUAUCAGCAACAUUUGUGUCUUCUCAGUUUGUCCUGGUGAGUCCAGGGUUUCGUCAUGUUACUGUAGGACUUUGUAGUUUGUACUUUGGCAGAUCAUCUGAUUUAGUAGGUGCUAGAAAUACAUUUCUCUAAUGCUACUGGUGUCAAAAACAACUCUAUGAAGGCAUGCCUAUUGUCGUCUAAAAGAAUUUGAAAUGUGUCAAUGCAGUUUCGUUGUACUGCUUCCGGAACUUAA